AUCUACCGUUCUUCAACUUCGUCGGCGUCAUCCUCGGGGCAGGAAGAGGAGGGCGAUUGAGAAUCGAUGGCGGCGAAGAGCAUCGCCGAUGUCGGAGCGGAGGACUUGGUUCAAGUCGGACUCUCCCCGGAGGAAGCCGCGUCCCUCCACAGACAGCUGGAGGACGCAAUUGCUCUGUCUCGCCGUCAUCCGCCGGGAUUGGACCCCCCUGUGGUUUGGCGGGAAAUCACUGCUCGGAAGUUGCUGAAGCCGACGCACCCGCACGCUCUGCACCGGCUCCUCUACAGAUCCGUCUACAGUAACUACGAUGAAUCCUCAUCUGGCCCUCCUCUCUUUUGGUUCCCUUCUCUUCUUCUUCUUCUUCUGGAAUCAUCCGGUUUCCCAAUUUUUUAGCAGAUGAAGCUAAAUCUACUAAUUUAGGCCGUCUUAUGGAAACACAUGGUCCAAAAGUAAUGGGGGCAUCUUACAAGGACCCAAUUGCAAGUUUUAAACAAUUCCACAAGUUCUCUGUUGACCAUCCUGAGGUUGGCUUUGAU